GCCGCAAUUAAGAGAGCUUGCGGUUGAUUGUUUGUUGAUUCUCUGUUGAUAAGCCUCACCUCACCAAUAUUUAUACCCUUGGGGACUCCGACUCUACAAUCUUUUAACUACAACUUCCUGUUGACGCCGAUCCCUCCGUCGACAAACCCUCCGCAAACCGACCGACCGACGGCCACUGCCCGCGCAUCGAACUGAAGCUGGGGAAACACGCAAGUCCUUGACCGACAAGGAGCAAAGCCACAGCCCACAGGUCCGCCCGAUUCGGGGAGCAAACACACACACAAUGGCCUCCUUCCUCGAGAGCUCCUACAGCUUGGUGCACCAGGAUAACCUCUCUGAUGUGCCCUCCAUGUCCGAGCUGCGCACGCAGCUUGAGAAGGGGACCGACGAGACCAAGAUCGAUACCAUGAAGCGCAUCCUCACAAUUAUGCUCAACGGCGAUCCAAUGCCCCAACUUCUUAUGCACAUCAUCCGUUUCGUCAUGCCCUCCAAGAAUAAGCCCCUCAAGAAGCUCCUCUACUUCUACUACGAGAUCUGCCCCAAGCUUGACGCCGGCGGGAAGCUCAAGCAGGAGAUGAUCUUGGUCUGUAACGGGAUCAUGUUCGACUUGCAGCACAGCAAUGAGUAUAUUAGGGGGAAUACGCUCCGUUUCCUGUGCAAGCUCCGCGAACCCGAGCUCAUUGAGCCCCUCCUCUCCUCGGUCCGAUCCUGCCUCGAGCACCGCCACGCAUAUGUCCGCAAAAACUCUGUUUUCGCCGUCUCCUCCAUCUUCCAGCUCUCGGAAGCCCUGAUCCCCGAUGCUGCCGACCUGCUUGCGGCCUUCCUCGAGACUGAGAGCGAUCACACAUGCAAGCGCAACGCAUUCGCCGCGCUCUCGAGCAUCAACCACGACAAGGCCUUGGCAUACCUCAGUAGCGUCUUCGACGGUAUCCCCAACGCCGAUGAGCUAAUCCAACUCGUAGAGUUGGAGUUUAUCAGGAAGGAUGCGUUCCAGAACCCCCAGAACAAGGCCAAAUACCUGCGCUUGAUCUUCGAUCUCCUCGAGGCGGGUGCUUCCACAGUGGUAUACGAGGCAGCGUCCUCCCUAACGGCAUUGACGAACAACCCGGUCGCGGUGAAGGCAGCGGCUGCCAAGUUCAUUGAGCUGAGCAUCAAGGAGGCGGAUAACAACGUGAAGCUUAUCGUUCUCGACCGUGUCGAUCAGCUACGUCGCAAGAAUGAGGGUGUUCUGAACGACCUUACCAUGGAAAUCCUCCGCGUGCUGUCUAGCCCAGAUAUCGAUGUCAGGCGCAAGGCCCUCGAGCUGGCCUUGGAGAUGGUGUCAAGCAAGAACGUGGCUGAUGUUGUGCUUCUCCUGAAGAAGGAAUUGACAAAGACUGUUGACCAGGAGUACGAAAAGAACAACGAGUACCGCCAACUCCUUAUUCACUCGAUACAUCAAUGCGCCAUCAAGUUCUCCGAAGUUGCCGCAAGUGUCGUUGACCUGCUGAUGGAUUUCAUCGCCGAUUUCAACAGCACCUCGGCUGUCGAUGUCAUCUCGUUCGUAAAGGAGGUUGUCGAGAAGUUCCCCAAGCUCCGCCAGACUAUCGUCGAGAGACUGGUCUCGACCCUGAGCGAGGUCCGCGCCGGAAAGGUUUACCGUGGCGCACUCUGGAUUGUUGGAGAAUACUCUACGGACGCCAAUGACAUUAGAGACGCCUGGAAGCGGAUACGCGCCAGUUUGGGUGAGAUCCCGAUACUGGCUUCCGAGCAACGGCUACUGGAUGAAGGAUCUGAGGGCCAGGAGGAGAAGGAGGCGGCCACGAACGGCACCGACAAGCCAUCAGCACCCACCGGUUCAAGGAGGGUCUUGGCAGACGGCACAUAUGCGACCGAGAGCGCUCUCACAAGCACAUCCGCAGUACUGGCAAAGUUGGAAGCUGUCAAGGCUGCACAAAAGCCGCCGCUCCGUCAACUUAUCCUGGAUGGCGACUACUACCUCGCCAGCGUGCUGUCGUCAACCCUCACAAAACUUGUCAUGCGCCACUCGGAAAUCUCCAAGGACGAGGCACGAACAAACGCCCUCCGCGCUGAGGCUAUGCUGAUCAUGAUCUCCAUCAUCCGCGUUGGACAAUCGCAGUUCGUCAAGGCUCCUAUUGACGAGGACUCAGUGGACAGGAUCAUGUCUUGUGUGCGAUCGCUGGCGGAAUUCGCGCAGAAGAAGGAGCUCGAGACUGUGUUCCUUGAAGACACCCGAAAGGCCUUCAGGGCUAUGGUCCAGGUUGAGGAGAAGAAGCGCGCGGCGAAGGAGGCGGUGGAGAAGGCCAAGACUGCGGUCCAGGUUGACGAUGUCGUUCAGAUCCGCCAGCUCGCCAAGAAGAACGCGAGCGAUGGCGCUGAUGAGAUUGAGCUCGACCUCGAGAAGGCGACUGGAGGCGACACUGCAACUGAGGAUCUCUCGUCGAAACUCAGCCGCGUCGUCCAGCUCACCGGUUUCUCGGAUCCAGUCUACGCCGAGGCGUACGUCAAGGUCCACCAGUUCGAUAUCGUCCUCGACGUCCUGCUCGUCAACCAGACCACCGAGACACUGCAAAAUCUGUCUGUGGAAUUCGCCACCCUCGGUGACCUCAAGGUUGUCGAGCGCCCGACGACACAGAACUUGGGUCCCCACGACUUCCAGAACGUCCAGUGCACCAUCAAGGUCUCAUCCACCGACACUGGUGUUAUCUUCGGCAACGUGGUCUACGACGGCCAGAGCUCCACCGAUAACAACGUCGUCAUCCUCAACGACGUCCACGUCGACAUCAUGGACUACAUCCAGCCAGCCACCUGCACCGAAACGCAGUUCCGCACCAUGUGGACCGAGUUCGAGUGGGAGAACAAGGUCAACAUCAACUCCAAGGCGAAGUCGCUGAGGGAGUUCCUGACGCAGCUUAUGGCGUGCACUAAUAUGACGUGUCUGACCCCCGAGGCUUCGCUGAAGGGCGACUGCCAGUUCUUGAGUGCGAAUCUGUACGCGCGCAGUGUGUUUGGCGAGGACGCGCUAGCAAACUUAAGUAUCGAGAAGGAGGGUGACGACGGCCCCGUCACAGGUUUCGUCCGCAUCCGCAGUCGCUCACAAGGCCUGGCACUAAGCCUGGGUUCGCUAAAGGGCCUCAACAAGGUCGGAGAGGUGGCUUGAGCAGGGCCAGCUGCUGGGUAGUUGAAGAAGAGGGGGGUUACGGAACAUACUAGAGCGCCUUCGCCGGCUGCAAAAUGGAUGAAUUAUGGGGACUGUGUCAUGUCUGGGUAUGUUGGGAGGGGGGCUUUAUGAUUGUGAUGGAAUGGGGGAGGGGGAUGUAGUGCUAGAAGCGUUACAUUGGUAUAUAAUGCGAGCCACGCCGUUGUUUUGCGAAGAGAGGAGGCGCAAGAAAAGAAGCAUUGGGCGUUUUUUUAUGUAGAGACGUAGUAGGCAUUUGCAAUAGUAAAGAAUUGAUAAAUGAAAGGGA